GCGCCGCGCCGCUGCUUAGUCGUCCGAGGCCAGGGGCCGGGGCGAGCCGGAGCUCCGCAGCCGCCGUCAACUUUGGCCGCGCCGGGGCCGCCCGUCGCCCGCACCAUGUCCGCGGCCGCCUAUAUGGACUUCGUGGCCGCCCAGUGUCUGGUGUCCAUCUCGAACCGCGCUGCGGUACCGGAGCACGGGGGCGUUCCGGAUCCCGAGCGCCUGCGACUCCCCGCCGAGCGCGAGGGGACCAAGGAGCACGGCGACCCGGGGGACACCUGGAAGGAUUACUGCACGCUGGUCACCAUCGCCAAGAGCUUACUGGACCUGAACAAGUACCGGCCCAUCCAGACCCCUUCGGUGUGCAGCGACAGUCUGGAGAGUCCCGACGACGACCUGGGCUCCGACAGCGACGUGACCACCGAAUCUGGGUCGAGUCCUUCCCACAGCCCCGAGGAGAGACAGGAUUCUGGCAGCGCGCCCAGCCCGCUCUCCCUCCUCCACCCCGGCGUGGCCGCGAAGGGGAAACACGCCUCCGAGAAGAGGCACAAGUGUCCCUACAGUGGCUGUGGGAAAGUCUAUGGAAAAUCCUCCCAUCUCAAAGCCCAUUACAGAGUGCAUACAGGUGAGCGACCCUUUCCCUGCACGUGGCCAGACUGCCUUAAAAAGUUCUCGCGUUCGGAUGAGCUGACCCGCCACUACCGGACCCACACCGGGGAGAAGCAGUUCCGCUGCCCGCUGUGCGAAAAGCGCUUCAUGCGCAGUGACCACCUCACCAAGCAUGCCCGGCGGCACACCGAGUUCCACCCCAGCAUGAUCAAGCGGUCGAAAAAGGCCCUGGCCAGCCCUUUGUGAGGUGCUACCCGCCGCCAGCCAGGGAGGGAUUGGACCCCAGAAGGACAAAACGACACCCAGGAAACGAGAUGGACACCAUGGACACCCAGCCCCAGCAGAGGCGCGCCCACCCACAGUGGACAUUCUCUGCCCUCUGGUCAAUGAUUUCUGAUUUUUUCUUCUCCUCCAACCUCCCCCUUCCCCCCACUACAUUGUCUGGUUUUAAAGAAGCACAUGGUAGCCUGAGAUCAAAGUCCACACGUGCUCCCCAUUGCGGACAGCAGCCCCGAACCCCAGCUUUGACUGUGGGAAGGUGGGCAAAUGCUUUGGGGGAGGGGGUGUAAUGUGUUUUGUUUUUUUUUCUCCCUUCACUUCCUUUGUUUUCUUUUUGGGGUGGAGGGGAGUCGGGGGGAGAGAGGAACAAGGCCAAGACUGGGGUAGAAUGUUUGUAGAGAUUCACACUGGUGUACAUAGGUCCGGCUGGGUGAGUUGAUCUGUGGCAGUCACAGACAUUCUGGACCCUUUCUGCUUGCUGUCUCUCAGAAUUGUUUUCUUCCUUUUUAAUGUAAUGAUGAGUGUGCUUCCGUUUGUUUUUAGCAAAAAACCACUCUCUUGAAUCACGUUAACUUUUUGAGAUUAAAACACACACACACACAAAAAAAAAAAAACAACAAAAAAAAUUAUCCAUGAGAACAACUCCAUAGCACAGCUGUCUUUAUGCAAGCAAGAGCACACCUCUUUCCAGCAUGGUCUGUCAUCUAAAGACUUGAAAAACAAACCAAGUUACUUCCAGUCAAUGGGUAAGCAGAGUCUGAUUUUGUACUAAUCAAGGCAAACCUGCAAAGGGUUAGGCUAAGAACGGAACUUACACACCUUGCUUUGUAUGAAUCUUGAACAUAAUCUGCACUUUUCUUUUCUAAUGCAGAGGAUACAUUCAGUUAAAUACAUGUGUUGAGGCUAGAAGCAGACAGUUCUGUUUUGGCAUCAUGUUCUGAUCUGCUUCUUGUACAUGUUUCUCUAAGAAACCAUGGCAGAGACGUGAGGGCAGAAUACACACCACACAAGCUGAGGGAAGAGGGUGGGUAGCGUUUUUUUCAAAAUACAAAGUACACUUUUAACUCUAUGAACUCGUCUGGUUAUCAUCAUCUUCUACCACGAUACCACUAAGAGAGAGAGAGAGAACUUCCAACCCUGUCCGGUGUUAACUGAAUGGGUGCAGAACACUGACCAGGCUUGGAAACACCUGAUUCUUUUUUGUUGUUGUUUUGUUGUUGUUGUUGUUGUUGUUAUUGUUUGGAGUGAGGAGGAGUGCUAGUCUAUUUCCUUCUCAUUUUCCUAUAAAACUUCCACUGUCAGGUAUAAGAGUUAUAGCCAAGGAAAGGGAGCUGAAAUAUGAAAAAAAAAAAACUUUUUUUAAAAAAAGGUGCCCCUAGAAGCAAAGGGAAAAUACCACAGUGAUUUCAGAGGCGACGGCAAAGUGACUGUAGGCAAAUGAAAUCACACCCCCAUCAAAUAACCUCGCCACCGCAGGGUGCAUCUAGGUGUCCACAGAGGCCUGAACCACUACAUCCAUCCAUACUACGCCCUUUACCAAGAACUUCAUUUUGGCCUUGACAUGCCAGAAAAACCAACUUGAGUGUUCACAGUUUGAAACAAUCCUUACAGCAAAUAAAAGAGAAAGAAGAAAAAGAAAGAAAGGAAAAAACCACCUCAAAUACAGGGAGUCAGCAGUGAUCAUGGGGAAAAUGUUUACAUUUUUUUUUUCUUCUUCAGAAAUAAGACUUUCUGGCGAUCCAAACAGGGAGCUAAUGGUGCAUUCUAGUAGACCCAUGUGCUCACAAAUACGUUAUGUAAUUGCAAGGUGCUCCCUGUCCAUGAGCUCCAUUCUUUCAUCCAACACAUGCUUCACCUAGAACCAGGGGCUCCUAUAGGGCAAGUCACAGCGGUCUCCGACUUCCAUCCAAUACAACAGCCAUUGCUAGCACGGUGUUUUUCUUUUCUUUUUCUCUUUCUUUUUGUUUAAUCGAUGUAGUUCUAUUAGUAGUUCUAACAAGAGAACUCCUUUUAACAUGAGGAUCUGGGAGCAGUCCAUGGGCUUAAAAAAAAAAAACAAAAAAGAAAAAAAAAAAGGAAAGUGUUUUCUCACGAGAAAACAUGUCAGGAAAAAUAAAGAACACUUUCUACCUCUGUUUCAGAUUUUUGAAACGCUUAUUUUAAACCAAAUUUUAAUUUCUGUGUCCAAAAUAAGUUUUAAGGACAUCUGUUCUUCCAUACGAAAUAGGUUAGGCUGCCUAUUUCUGAGCUCACGGAAAGGCUGUGCUUCGGAUACUCUGCAUGCUGCCUUUUUCCGGAAGUGAGGAGUUUGGGGUUGCCUAGCAACUUGCUAACUUGUUAAAAAAAAAAAAAAAAACAAGAAAAAGAUAAAAACAAAACAAGAAAAAAUAAAAACCAACCCAACAACUUCAGCUUUCCCCUCACAGAAAGAAAGGAAGAAAAACAAAGUCAAGUCAGUGAAAGACAAUCGUUACUGUUUCAGGAGUAAAUCUAUCCGUGGCUUUUGUCAAGCACUUAAACAGCAACUUGUUUUAAGAGAAAAAAAAAAAUGCACAAUUUACUUCCCAAAAGAGUUGCUACUUGCCUUUUCCAGCUGUUGACAGACAUUUGAUAUUCUCUUAUAUGUUAGAGUAACGUAAUGUAUCAACUCAAGGCUUUUUAUUCUUUGUGAUAAAUCCUGUUUUACAAUAUCACAAAACAGGAACCAGCAUUCUAAUUAGAUUUACUAUGUCUCAAUAUGGUUCAAGUAGAACUACUAGAGUUCGUUGAACACUAAAACUAUGAAACGAUUACUUUUUAUAUUAAAAAGACCAUGGAUUUAACUUACGAAAAAUCCAAAUGCAGGAUAGUAAUUUUUGUUUACUUUUUUAACCAAACUGAAUUUUUGAAAGACUAUCGCAGGUGUUUAAAAAAAAAAAAGAGAGAAAAGUUGUUUUAUCUAAUACUGUAAGUAGUUGCCAUUUAUGGGGGAAAAAUGUAAUAGUUUUAGAGUUAAGAUAUCUCCUCUCCUUGGUUUGGAAGAAGAAAGCCCUUCCCCACUGUGGAAUUCGCCCUGGCUUUUUACGCUCCACACCAUGCUUCUUUUGAGAAUUAUCUUAGGUAGCUGUAAUGACAGAAAUCAAUUAGUUUGUCAGUUUGCAAAUAGGCUUAGUACAGUACUCAUCACUCUGGGUAGACUGAGAUGUUCUUUCACAACCGAUAAAUGGUCUGUAACACUGUAAGAUACCAAUCUUUACAACUCUUUAAUCAGUUUUAUUUUUGUACAGUAUAUUAGUGACCUAAGUUAUUUUGCUGUCCUGUUUUUGUAAAUCAAAUGAAAUUAUAAGAGGAUUCUGACAGUAGGUAUUUUGUACAUAUGUAUAUAUGUUGUCCAAAUAAAAAUAAUAAAUGAUAAAGACUGAA